AUGAUAUCUCAUAUAAUCGAAUACCAAUGUCAAUAUACUGAUCAAGUAAGAAAGAAGAAUAAAAUAUGGCAUGAUGGGCGAUUAAAAUACUUUCAAAUUAAUAAUAGAUUUCAAUUAUUUACAGAGGAAGACAAUGUACUUCUGGGGAGCUCAUUUAUUACAAAUCAAAAAGAAGUCGAUGUGAUAUUAGAUGAGGAGGGUUUCAACAAGGUUGAGCACAAGAUUUUUGGACAAUAUAUGGUGGUGAUAUCAGAGAUCACAAAUGAAUAUGAUAGAGAAGUAAAUGUUUCAGCAGCAGGUUCACGAGAUUCUAAAAUCUCAACUCAGAGGAACAAUUGUGCAAAUUAUAAGUCAUAUACCCCCAAGAGACAGAUUGUGAGCAAUACAACUACGAAGGGAACUGCAGAUUCAGGAGGGAGCUCACUAGCAUUGAAAUUCAAUACUCCAUUUAGAAAACCCAGAAUGAUUGGCUCACAGUCUGAAGAUUUAAAAGCUGCUCACACUAACAUAAAUAGACCAAAUAUUAGAAGUAAGGUAGAUAGAAGGGAUACUGAUAAAAUAGAUUAUUCUUUACCGAAUAAAAAUGUAUCAAGUAAUAAACCAAUUAAGACAAGUGGUAAUAUCAGAAAGGUUAUACCUGACAAACCGUUAAACAUUGGUCAUAAAAAGGCUGAAUGCAUUGAUAACGAAAUAAAAGACAAUAGAUUGGAUAGUUUAGAAAUACGAAAAGUGGUAUCAAAUGCGACCAGUCCUUUGUAUGAAGAGACUAUUGGUAGAGAAAAUAAACAAAACAUAGCCAGUGAAAUUCAAAAUAAAAGUGCAUCAAAAGUAAAAAUAGCAAAUAAAUCAAUAAGUCCAGAACCGAAAUCUAUAAGCCCAAUACCUACCAAUAAUGACCAAGUGACAGAAAGCCUGGUUAAUUCCGACAAUGCUGAAAAGUUAAAUUCUAAUAAAGAUAAUAAAAUCAGUAAAGCUAAGAGGGCUCCUAGACGUAAAAUCCGUGUUAUAGAUCAUCAACCAAUAAUUAUUUAA